GGCUCAGGUGAUGGAGCUCUGCCGUGUGCUGCUCCUGAUCUUCUCCGCAGCCGGGCCGGCCCUGUGCUAUGAGCACGAGACGCGCCUGGUCGACGACCUGUUCCGGGACUACAACAAGGUGGUGCGCCCUGUGGAGAAUCACCGCGAUGUCGUCGUCGUCACUGUCGGGCUGCAGCUCAUUCAGCUCAUCAAUGUGGAUGAAGUAAAUCAGAUUGUAACAACCAACGUACGCCUCAAGCAGCAAUGGACAGACAUCAACCUGAAGUGGAACCCAGAUGACUAUGGUGGCGUGAAACAAAUCCGCAUCCCAUCAGAUGACAUCUGGCGCCCGGAUCUUGUCCUUUAUAACAAUGCGGAUGGUGAUUUUGCCAUUGUUAAAUACACCAAGGUCCUUCUGGAACACACAGGAAAGAUCACCUGGACACCUCCUGCUAUCUUUAAAAGUUACUGUGAAAUUAUAGUCACAUACUUCCCGUUUGAUCAGCAGAACUGUAGCAUGAAGCUGGGAACGUGGACGUAUGAUGGUACAAUGGUGGUUAUCAACCCGGAGAGCGAUCGCCCCGAUCUGAGUAACUUCAUGGAGAGUGGUGAGUGGGUGAUGAAGGACUACCGUGGCUGGAAGCACUGGGUUUACUACGCCUGCUGCCACGACACUCCCUACCUGGACAUCACGUACCACUUCCUUAUGCAGCGCCUGCCGCUCUACUUCAUCGUCAACGUCAUCAUCCCCUGCCUGCUCUUCUCCUUUCUGACAGGGUUUGUUUUUUAUCUACCCACAGAUUCAGGUGAGAAAAUGACCCUCAGCAUCUCUGUCUUGCUGUCACUGACUGUGUUCCUGCUGGUCAUCGUGGAGCUGAUUCCUUCUACCUCCAGCGCAGUGCCUCUGAUAGGCAAAUACAUGUUGUUUACCAUGGUGUUUGUCAUCGCUUCCAUCAUUAUCACUGUCAUCGUCAUCAACACCCACCACCGCUCUCCCAGUACUCACACCAUGCCACACUGGGUCAGGAAGAUCUUUAUUGACACAAUCCCAAACAUCAUGUUUUUCUCUACAAUGAAACGACCAUCCAGGGAUAAACUAGACAAGAAAAUUUUUGCAGAAGAUAUUGAUAUUUCUGAAAUUUCCGGGAAGCAAGGUCCUGUGCCUGUCAAUUUCUACUCCCCACUUACCAAAAAUCCAGAUGUGAAAAAUGCUAUAGAAGGAAUCAAAUACAUUGCGGAAACGAUGAAGUCAGACCAAGAAUCCAGUAAUGCGGCUGAUGAGUGGAAGUUUGUUGCAAUGGUGCUCGAUCAUCUUCUCCUCGUAAUAUUUAUGCUAGUCUGCAUUAUUGGAACAUUAGCUGUAUUUGCUGGUCGCCUUAUUGAAUUAAAUCAGCAAGGAUGAACAUCAAAUGGAAACUAUUCACUGCCUGGGCUGGGACUGGAAAGCAUCUUAACUGCUAAAACCUGGCCAGCCAUGGAAGUUCCCCUGGGACCGAGCAGAGAUACUAAAAUGUGCUUAGCACUUCAGAGCUUCUGCUUGGUGCUGUUUCACUGCCAAAAUGACACGCUUGCUCUACUGCUAGGCUGAAUGGCUGUCAGCCAGAUUUGGGUCCAUUUUACCAUUUAUUAGGAAUGUUAACAUGUUAAUAAGACCAUCUGACUUUGUUAUCCACAAAUAUGAUUCUAGUGACAUCAAUAGCAAUAAUAUGUUCUAUCUGAGCUGCAAAUCUGUAUUCAGCUUUAGAGCAGCUUUCAAGCUGGUUUCAAUUAUCUGCUCUGUGGUUUUUGUACUGGCAGUGCCACAAAUGCUUCUUGUAACACAGGCUGUAGCCAGCAGAAGUGUCUCAAGCUCCUUGGUAAAGCAUCUGAUUUCUGUGUACAAAUCAGAAGUGAUCGACUCUCAUGUGUCAAUCUGCAAUCUCUUAACUUGCAGAACUCUUGGUCCAGCAUAGAGGGAAUGUUCCUUGUUGUGAAAUGGAUCCACUGCUGUUUCUUGCUAUGCAGGCCCAGGGUAAAGGACACGUUGAAGAUUUUUCACCCUUCUUUAUCAUUGAGCUCUGCUCUGUGGCCACACAACUGUCAUGCAGACUGAGAGCAAGCCUACCUCAGUGUCCCUCUUCACACUGAGCGAUGAGCAUUGCGAGCAAGUUUUGCCUUUGGGGGUGCUCAGUACUAUAACUUAACCGCACCUCUGCUCCCUGAAAAGCACCUCCUGCCCUGCUGGAAUGCAUUAUGAGCAGCAGGCCGGCACGGCACAGCACUGCAACGACCGCUUCCGAUGCAAGUGCGUAUGACGAAAGGAUCGGACCUCCCCCCACAUCCGCCGAUUCAACCGAGCUUCCUUCAAACGUUGAGCAGCAGCUCACUCUAGUGACAAAAGCGGGUAGUUGCUUUCGCCCAAAAACUUCUGAUACUGCAAUGGUGGUGGUUGGUUAUUUUGUCUUUUGGGUUUUUUUUAGUAAAUAAGACUAAAAGUUUUUAGUCAACCCAAGGAACAAGCCUAUGUCUGUUUCACUAGUACAGUGUAGAAGUUCGAGUAGUUCUGCCUAUUAUUCUUAAAAACAGAUAAGCACAAAUGAAGCAAAUGAUACAAAUCACCCAUCUUUCCAAGCUCGCUGUUCAAACCAGGACUACUCUGCUGUCAAUUGCUGUGUGUUUAAUAAAAUGACAUGUUUUAUGUUUGUGCUCUACAAGAAUGUGUCGUGUCUGCAGAGGUCAGGCAUUUGAAACCCUCAGUGGGGGAAAUCAGGCAGUUGAGUAACAUUUCUGUUCGUGCAUAGGGCAGCUUGGGAAUGUUUUGCUGAGCUGCAGUCCUCACCAAAACACUUUGUGCAGGUCGGUCAACCACUUGUAGCACUCUGCUCACUUGUAGCACUGUGCUUGGCUCUUUGGGUUUUGACUUUGGUAAUCUUUGCCUCCCUGGAUGAUCAUUAACGUAAACAAUGGCUGGAGAUGCGUGCUGAGGUAAACCCCUGCUGACAGAUGAAGAGCUUGCUGCAGCUCUGCUUAAUUUCAGUGAAGCUUCCUUCCAGCCCUUGGAUGAAGCUAUGGAGCUCACAAGCUUGUCAGGAGCUGAGCUGUAGUGUAGCAGUGCCUGUGAUGCUGCUUAUGUUGGGAGAUGGUGAUUGGUACUGAAGUGGCAGGACAAUCCUUUUAAGGGAACCUAUAGUUGAAUUUUGGAGUUAAAAACAAACAAGUAACAAGAUCUGUGGGUAAGUAGCUGCAUUACCUCUGUUAGGUUUCCU